CACGUAACAUAGCGACAUCACAUAAUAAGCUUUCGUAGUCCACAAACUAGUCUAUUACUCUCUCUACUCCACCGUUCGAGUUUGUGCGACCUAACCUUCACCCCUUCCAUCUUUCCAAUUUCGUAGCGCCACAACCAUGACGGACACAGAAGACGCCGCGCGACGCCGUAAUGCGGUGGCCGAGUAUCGGAAGAAACUUCUCCAGCACAAGGAGUUGGAGUCCAGAGUUCGAUCCGUGAGGGAGAAUUUGCGAGCUUCAAAGAAAGAGUUCAACAAAACAGAAGAUGAUUUGAAGUCUCUUCAAAGUGUUGGCCAGAUAAUUGGCGAAGUUCUCAGGCCUCUUGAUAAUGAACGCUUGAUUGUUAAAGCAAGUAGUGGUCCAAGAUAUGUGGUUGGAUGCCGCAGUAAAGUGGAUAAGGAAAAGCUCACUUCCGGGACGAGGGUGGUUCUUGAUAUGACAACACUCACUAUAAUGCGUGCUCUUCCCCGUGAAGUUGAUCCAGUUGUGUACAAUAUGCUUCAUGAAGAUCCCGGUAAUAUUAGUUACUCUGCUGUUGGUGGUUUAUCUGAUCAGAUCAGGGAAUUGAGAGAAUCAAUUGAAUUGCCUCUAAUGAAUCCUGAGCUCUUUCUUCGAGUUGGAAUUAAACCUCCCAAGGGUGUUCUCCUUUAUGGGCCUCCUGGUACGGGUAAAACUUUGUUAGCAAGAGCUAUUGCCAGCAAUAUAGAUGCUAAUUUCCUAAAGGUUGUUUCAAGUGCUAUAAUUGAUAAGUACAUCGGAGAAAGUGCGAGGUUAAUAAGAGAGAUGUUUGGGUAUGCACGUGAUCACCAGCCCUGCAUCAUUUUUAUGGAUGAGAUCGAUGCCAUUGGUGGUCGUCGUUUCAGUGAGGGAACAAGUGCAGAUCGCGAGAUUCAGAGAACAUUAAUGGAGCUGCUUAAUCAACUUGAUGGUUUUGAUCAACUUGGAAAGGUUAAAAUGAUCAUGGCAACAAACCGACCUGAUGUACUUGACCCCGCUCUCCUACGUCCUGGAAGAUUGGAUAGAAAAAUAGAAAUUCCAUUGCCAAAUGAACAAUCAAGAAUGGAAAUUCUUAAGAUUCAUGCUGCUGGAAUUGCUAAGCAUGGUGAAAUAGACUAUGAAGCGGUUGUGAAGCUUGCAGAGGGUUUUAAUGGAGCUGAUCUCCGAAAUGUGUGCACUGAAGCUGGAAUGUCAGCAAUUCGUGCAGAGCGGGACUAUGUUAUCCACGAAGAUUUCAUGAAGGCCGUAAGGAAAUUGAAUGAGGCAAAGAAACUUGAAUCUAGUGCACACUACAAUGCUGAUUUUGGAAAAGAAUAAAAUCUAUUGUGAAAUUCUCAGAGCCAUGGAUAUUUAUGGCAGUGCAUGUUUUGAACCGGAAAUACCUCGCGCAAGUUUGUCAAAUCAUGAGUAUUAUAGCAGCCGUCCAGACAAUGACAUGUACUAUCACGAUUCUAAUUUUAAAAUGAGAACUUGUCAAACGGUUAAGGGGCGUUUAAUUGAAUUAGUUGAUCAAACUGAAUUGUAUUACGUGUUUCAUGUCUUUAUUUUAGAAGUGUGGUUCAUAUCUA